AUGGGUCACGAACAUUGCUCAAUUCACCUCGAAGUGUUCGCAAUGCUCCAGAGCAAGCAAGAAAAGGCAAUUGCGAAAAUCGAAUCACUCUUGAAAUCGCCAUCUCGUGGCGGUGGCGUCAACAAAUGGCGAGUGCCGCCUCUUCGCGCCUCCCUUGACAACACUAUUCACGAGCUCGGUGAAUGGCAGCGUCUCUUUGAUCCGACGUGGUACCUGAUACUGAGAAUAGCCAACAAGUCCAUUGAUGAGGCGCUUUCAUUCGACAAGAGGGAGCUCGAGUCCGUCGAUAACGAGUCGACUAUCUCGAGUAGCUCGAGUAAAUCCUCGAGUUCGAGCAAAACACUUGUCUCGGCAGGAAACUUGCGAAAAGCUUUGGCAUUCGAUUCUGCCUCGGAUAUCCACGUAACUCUAUCAGAUAACAAACUUGAUUGGGACCAAACAGAGACUGUUCCAUACUCAACGACCAAAAUUGUUCAUCGAAUCAAGUCACCCAAGCGUUAUAUCGUCAAUACGAUUGACUGCUCAUCCGACAUUGACCUCAAUCAAGUCAGAACUGAUGCAGAAUCUCUGGCGAGGAAGCUUAGUCGAGUCGAGUCGGAUGAAUUUGGCCUUUUGGCUGCGCGUGGCCUUGUCAAACGGAAGCGCGAAGGUACUACUCAAAUCCAAUCGAUCAACCUAGUCUUUAGCCUGCCGGCAGAUGCGCGCGAGCCUAGAAGCCUUCGACAAGAGCUGAUGAAGCCGCAAACAUUCAGCCUUUCAAAGAUUCUGGAUCUGGCUCGACGUCUUGCUCAAGCAAUCAGCUUCAUCCACACUUGCGAUUUCGUGCACAAGAACAUUCGACCCGAGACGAUCAUCUCUUUUGGAGAUUUCUCUUUGGAUGAUCAAGCCGCAGGCAAGACUUACCUGCUGGGGUUCGACUCCUUUCGCAAUAUCAACUUCCACACUCUGCGAAAGGGCGAUGCUGCAUUGGAGAGAGACUUGUACAGGCAUCCCUCUCGGCAAGGUCUGAGCGCGCACAACAAAUAUGUCAUGCAACACGACGUCUACAGCCUCGGCGUCUGCCUCCUGGAGAUUGGCCUGUGGACCAGCUUUGUGGAGUAUGAGCACGUUGAAGAGGGGGACGCUAGCAAUGUUGAACCCAAGCCCAAGCCAUCCGCAGCUUUGGGGAUGGAGACUGGAGACUUUGAGCCAAGGAUCAUUGAAGCAACGAAUUCGUAUGACCACAUAAAGGAUCACUUGGUUGCUCUGGCCAGGUCAAAACUUCCACUUCGCAUGGGCGACAAAUACACAUCUGUUGUGGUCACAUGCUUGACCUGCUUGGAUGAGGGGAACGAAGACUUUGGCGACGACAAAGAUAUGCAAGAUGAGGAUGGAAUUCUGGUUGGAGUAAGGUUUAUAGAAAAGGUCCUUUUUGGUCUGAGCGAUAUUUCUUUCUAG